AUGACAAAUCUCGAUUUUUUACGUCAAAUUGAAACAGCUGUUCUAUCAUGUGUAUCAUCAGAUCCAAUACGUCGUCAACAAGCAUAUACAUUUGUUGAAGAAAUUAAAUCAAAUCCAACACAAUCAAUAUCAAUUGGUUUUGAUUUUUUUAAUAAGAAUCAACAAUUUGAUCCAUUAGUUAAACAUUUUGGUUUACAAUGUAUUGAAGAAACAAUAAAAUAUAAAUGGACAUCACUUGAUUCACAAUUAAAAUUAUCAAUUAAAGAACGUUUAUGGUUAUUAAUGACUGAACAUGAUCAAUUACCUGUUCAUCUUAAAACAAUUUUAGUUCGUUGUGUUUGUGAAAUAGCUAAACGUGAAUGGCCUCAGCAAUGGCCAUUAUUUCUUGAUGAACUUGUUGCAUUAUCAAAAUUAAAUUCAACAAAUGAUUAUUCAUUAUUAAUAUUAGCUUAUCUUAUCGAAGAUGUUAUUGUUCUUCAAACAUUAAAUUCAAUACGUAAACGAGAUAUUCAAACAACAUUAUUACAACAUGAUACUAAACUUCUUGAAUUUAUUGAUUAUUUUCUUGAUUUACCAAAUACAAUAUCAAGUUCAUUAUAUGCAUUAACAAUGUUUGCAACGUUUCUUCCAAUUGAUAUAUUUUUUUCAACAAAAAUUAUCGAUAAAAUUGUUUAUUUACUUAACUCACCCAUACAUCGAAUGAAAGCAGCUGAAUUUUUAAGUGUAAUUUCAGAUCGUCGUGGCAAAUAUGAAGAACGUUUACCAUUAUUACAACUUUUUUCAUAUUUAUUUCAAAAUGGUUCACAUUAUAAUGAUUUAUAUUCAGUAAUAAAAACGCAACAAUCAAAUGAUAUAUAUGAUUUUAUGAAACAAUAUGCUAUGAUUAUAACAGCAUUAUGUGAACAAUUAUGUUAUGUAUGCGGUGGUGAUGAUUCAAAUAAAAAAGCUCCAUUACCAGAACAAUUUUCCAAUGGUAAAUUCUUACAAGUAUUAUUAACAUUAAUGCAACAUCCAAGUAUUUAUAUAUCAUUAUAUGGUUAUCAAAUGUGGUUACAACUAAUUAAAGCUAAUAUAUUUCAAGAGAAUGAUUAUCAAAAUAUAUUACCUAUUGUUCUUCGAGCUUUAUGUCAUUCAUUAGUUAAGCAACCAUAUAAGAAAAAUGACAUUGAACAAGAUGUUGCAUCGCAUUAUACUCAUUAUGACUUUGAAGAUGAAUCUGAUUAUCAGAAAUUUAUCGGUAAAAAUCGUGCUAUUCUAAUUCGAUCGAUUAAUAGUGUAUGCAAAACAAGUAAAAAUUUAUCAAUAGCAAUACGAAUUGGUUUUGAUUAUGCUGAUUAUUGUUUUCAAUCAGUAAAUAUUCAAAAUCUUCUUCUUUUCGAAUCACUUGUUGCUUAUUGGCAAAUAAUUGAAAAACAUUUACGAUCAUUAUUAAAACCAUUUGAAGCAUUUAAUAAUUCAAAAUUACUUUCGAAUACAGAUGAAAUAUCAUUUUGUCAACAUGGUCAAAGAUUAAUUGAACAAUUAUUAUUGAUAAAUAACGAUAGUAAUCUUGAAUUUCUUGCUUAUUCAUUGCGUCUAUUAACAAAUUUAUAUGUCUUUACACGCGGUGAAAAUACAUGGACACAACGUAUACUUGAACAUUUAUUUCGUACGAUAACCACUGAACGACAUAUAAUAUCAAAAUUAAAUCCUUUACAAAAACAAGCAAGUUGUUUAAUUGAUCUUUGUUUGAAUUAUGGUCAUUCAAUAUUUAUUUAUUUCAAUGAUUUAUUUAAAGUAACACAAGAUUUAGUUCGACAACAAACAUCAUUAGAACAACAAACGAAACUUUCUGGUUGGCAAUGGAGUGUAUUAGUUGAAUGUUUAGCUAUUCUAUUAAAUCAUUUUGAAUCAUUUCAACAACAAGCUAUUUUUAUUAAUGAACUUGUUCAACCUUUUGCACAAAUAUUGAAUAAUUUUAAUUCAAAUGUUAAUGAUUUAAAAAGUUUUAUUGAUUAUAUUGGAUUAAAAACAACACCCGAUGCAACAUCAACAAGUAAUCAACGUCUAAUUUUUCUCAGUGUUCAUAUUCUUUGUGGUUUCUUACGUCGUAUAAGUCUUCCAAGCGAUCCUUCAAUAUGUUCUAAUGGUGGUUAUCAAGAAACUUUCGAUGGAAUUAUAUUUAUUCGUAAUCCAGCUGCACCUGCUUUUAUUCAGUUAACUCAUUCCUUAUUUAAAUUAUUAACUUAUUGUCAUGCAUUACAUUCUCCGACUUCUCCAUUAUCACAAUCGUCAUUAUCAUUUCUAUCAACAAUGACUGACGCCGAAAAAGCAGUUUAUCUUCAACAACAAGAUAAUAAUGACGACAUUAAUAUAUCAUCCAUUCAAACCAAUUCAUUAAGUUUAUCCGUCAAUGAUCGUCGUUUGCAUAAUCGUUUUUCAUCAUUUCUUGAUCGUUUAGAAAUUUUAAUUGGAAUUUAUUUAACAUUAAAACCUGAUUUAUAUAAAUUAAAAGAUUCUUUAAAUAUAAUUGGUACAACUUUAUUUUCAUCACUUGAUCAUUUACCUAAUUUUCGUUUACGAAACAUAAUUCGUUACUGUUUUUUACCAUUUAUUCGACAUUGUCCUAUUAAGACAAUGAUUAUUGCUAUAUUUGAAUCUUUACUUCCAUUUAUAUAUACAAAAUUAAAAGAUAAAUGGAAAAUAAUUACUGAAAGACAAAGUAUUAAAGUAACUAAUGGAAAUGUUCAUGAAAAUAAUGAUGAUAAUUAUCAAACACAAGAUCGAUGUGAAGAAGAAGUUAUCGAAGAACAAGUAACAUGUUAUUUAACUCGUGAUUUUAUUGAUGUAAUUAAAAAUCUAUUAAUAUGUCAAAGCAAUAGUAAUGAUAAUACAAGCCAAAUAACCAAUAGUAAUGAUAUCGAUGAAACAAGUAUGGAUGAAACAAUGACUACAGAUGAACAAAAUAUUGGUGAUGUUCUUUCACGUAAAUCAACCACACAAUCUCGUUAUCAACAAAUACCAAGUGAAUUCGGUUUAAAAAUUUUACAAGAUUCAUCAAUAAUUUGUCAAUAUUGUUUAUUAAGUCUUUUCGAUGGACUUUCAUGGCCAGAUACAUCAUCAAUAACAAAAAUGUCACACAUAUGUCAAUCGUUAAUUAAACAUCUUUCGAUAUUAAUAAAUGGUAAUAAUGAUUUUUUAAGACAACUUUAUAUAUAUAUAUUAUGUGCACUUAAAAUUCAUGGUGAUAAUGAACCAAUUGUUUGUACAUUACUUUCAUUAGCUAUAUUAAUGUAUGAUACAUUUCAACAAACAUCAUCAAAUUUAUUUGAUAGUGUACUUAUGGAAAUACCUGAUGUUACAAAUGAACAAGUAAAUAAUUAUCGUGAUAAAAUGCAACGACAAAUCAAUGGUAAACCCUUAAGUGAUAAACAAAAACGAGAUAUGUUGAAACAAUUAGUACAACCAUUAAUGGGUCAAAAUGUAGCACAAAUGUUUAAACGUGAACCAUUAGCACUUAAUAAUUUACCACCAUUAGUACGUUUUUCAAAACGUUCACUUCAUCCUGUUUUACAACAUCAUCAACCAUUAAAUACAGAUAAUGACGAUGACCAUGGAUUAGCUAAUCUAUUUCAACAUACUGAUGACUAAAGCUCAAAUAAUGAUAUUCCAACUCGACAAUCUGAUACCAUAUCAUCAAAUUUUCAUUCACGUUAUUGGAUAUUUUUAUUUGACAAUUUAAAACGAUCUAUUGAACAAAUCUAUCAAACAUGUGAAUCAGAUCAAAAUCCAUUGCAAUGUCAAGAAGUUAUAGAACUUCUUUGUCAAUAUUGUAAAGAUUUUGAUAUACUUAUGAAAAAUUUUCAACAUAUACAAAAUCUUGAUAAUAAAAUCGACGAAACUGAAAGGCCAUUUGAACAUUCUCAAUCAAUAUGUAACGGCGAAAUAUUUUCUUCUGAUGGUUUAUCACGUCGACAAAAAUGUUUACAUAACAGUGAUAUAAAUUUAAAUGUAAAUAAAGCUAUUCAUCAUUAUUUAAUGGAUACGAAUAAAUUUAAACGACAAAAAUCUAAUAAAUGUCGUAAAACAACAGAAACUUCAAGUUUACUUUCAUUGCCAUCAUCAUUUUCAUCAAUAACAUUAACAAAUGAUUCAUCAACGACAUUAAUUGCAAGUACAAAUCAAUUAUUAUUGUCAUCAAAACGAAUGUUAACGGAGGAAACAGCAGGUGAUGCUGAUGAUGAGAAAGAUAUUCGAGAUGAAUCAGUCAACACUAAUCGACCUCAUCGAUAUCAUCAUCAAUUAUCAACAACAUCACUUUAUCGUUUUAGUCAACAAAAUUUAACAUCAGAAGAUGAUGAUGAAGAACUCCUCUUACGAAAUCAUUGUGGAAUGAUGGAUUUUAUGGAUCGACAAAUAUUUGAUGCAUUCGAUCAAGAAGAAUCAUUAACUGAAGCAUUAGAAGCUGAGCAAGAACGAACAAUAGCUUCAUUAAUGGCUGAACAAGAAGAUCUUGAACAUCAAUUGAAUAAUGUUAGUGAUGAUGAUUUUUUAUUAGGUGGUGAUGAUGGAUCAGAAUUAGAAGAAAGUGAAUUAUCGACAACAAAAACUUCAAGUUAUUUUAUGUCACUACAAGAUGGUUGUGAUGAAAAAGAUUUAAGUCCAAAUGAUCUAUCGCGUGAUGAUAAUGAUUCUGAGCCUGAUGGAAAAUCUCGAACAAAACAUCUUCGCAUACAUGAAAAAUUAUCAUCACCUUCACGUAUCCGACCUCUCAGUGAAACUCUUCGUGAAGCAGCUGAACGUCAAGCGCGAGCAUUUACAAGACGUCAAACUUUACGAGAUGAAAAAGCAAGAAAAAUGCGUGAAUUAACUCAUCGAGUCAACGAAGUUCGUCAAUGGAAAGAAGAAUUAAUUAAAGCACGUAAAACAACUAUUGAAAUGAAAAUGCAACGAGCAGAAGAAAAACGUCAAUAUUUAUUAUUUAUAAAAGCUAAAAAAGCUGGUGAUGAAGAUUUAAAAGGACAAGAAAUAGCUUUUAUUAAAUUAUUACAACAGGAAAAUCGUCGACAAACAUUAAAAGAACGUUAUCAAAAAGAAGAACAAUUUAAACUAUUUCUUGAAGAAGAACGUGUUAAAAAACAUGAUGAACAUAAACAACGUGAAUUAGCAGCAGAAAAUCGUCGAAAAGAAUUAGAAGCUAUCCGACAAACACGUCUUAAUGAAAUGCAAGAAAAAUGGAAAACAAAAGAAAGAAUGAUUGAACAACAAUUAAUUGAAAAACGUAAACAAAAAAAAACAGCAGCUAUUGCUAAACAAAAGAGUUUUCAACAAAAGCGAGCUGAACAUGUGGCUUAUCUCAAAGCAUCGACUAUUGAAUUAAAGAAGAAAUUGACAUUAAAACAAGAAGAAAGUGCUCGACGACACAUAACACAACUCGAAGAAAUCCGUCGAAAAGCAAUUGAAAUGGGUACAUUACGUGGUCCGAGUGCUGAAGAUCAUCAUCAUCAUGCAUCACCUGCAUCAAAUGAUAAUAAAACAACAACUAGUAUUCCUGCAAAUGAAGAUCCAAUACCAACUCGAAAAUGUUGUACACUUUGUAAUCUAUUGCUAGCUUCUGAUCUUCAUUUACAAACACAUUUACGUGGUACACGUCAUAAUCAAUUGUUAAUCGAACGAUUGAAUCAAAAGCAUGACAAUGGAACAAAAAAACAACCAAAACAAGAAGAUAUUGAUACAUUUAAUAUUGAAUGUAUAACAGUUGUUACCAAUGAUGAUAUUGUACGACAAGAAAUGGCUUAUAAUCGAGAACGAAAACAUGCAAUGAAAAAACGAGCAAAAAAAUUACGUCUUCGAAUGACUCAACGUUCGGUAGCAUAUGAAGCUGAAAAUGCUCAACGACCUUUUUUGACAUCAACCCAUAAAGCACGUAUUCAGCGAUUUUUAAAUGAAUUAGAAAAAUCACUAAAUACAACAGCAAGAAAAGAACCAUUAAAUACAACGAAUUAUUUAACAUGUCAACGUAUUCUUACUGAAUUUGUUAAGAUUUUCGAUAGACAUGGUUAUGAAAAGGAUUCACCACUUGAACAACGUGUUUUUUUUAGUUUAAAUGGUUAUACAACAUUGACUAGAAUGAUUGAAUUACGUGCAGAAUGUAAUAAACCAGCUCUUGCACCAGAAAGUCUCAUAGCAUUGACCAUAUCAGUUUAUCGAGCAGCCACAAAUAAUAAUCUGGAUAAUGCACUGUAUAUAUUGAAUAGUGGCAAAAUUUUAACACUUGUCGAAAGUUUAGUUCGACAUUUAACGGCUUUGAAAAUCGAUGAUUUAACAACAAUAAAUAUUGAUCAAAGUGAAAGCGAAAAUUUAGCUCAGAUUGAUUUAGUAACAAAUCUAGCUGAAUUACUUGCUGAUCUUCUUACAAUGUAUAAUUCAAUAGCAAGAGAUAUUCGAAAACAUGAAAAUGAAAAUAAUGAAGAUAAAAUAACAAUAAGUCGUUUAACUGAUUUUAUUAGUUAUAUGGCUAAUGUUGGCGUUCUUGAUCGCAUAGCAUCGUUCUUUCGUACAGCUCGAGCUAUUGUUAAUACAACAAAAUCGCGUGUGCCUGAUAUGAUUAUUCAUUUACUUAAUCUCGUACAACAAAUGAUACAUUUUUCUAAGCCAAAAGUAUGCCAAGUGCCAUUUGGUCAACCAUCAAAAAAAUCAACGAAUGAUCCAGCACAAGUAUUAAAUAUAAUGAAAUCAACAAAUUUUUGUGAAAUACUCUCAUUACUCUAUGGUAUUCUUAUUCAUGAAACAGAUAAUAAUAGUAAUAAUCAAAUGAACAAUGAUAAUAAUAGUACUAUAACUGUACAUGAAAAAACAUUUAUUAUUGUAAUUAAUUCAAUGAUUUUAUUGAAUACACUUGCAAUACUUGACCUUGAUGCAUUUCAAACAACUCUUGGUGAAGAAACAAUCUCACUUCAACUUCGACAUGUUGCAAACUAUAUUCUUGCUUAUUGUAAUCAUCAACAAACAACAAUGAAUGAUAACCUUCUUCGUCAAAUUAUUCUUCUUAUUGGUUAUUAUUGUGUUUUAAAUCAAGAUAAUCAAUGUCGUUUAGCUUUUGGUAAUCGACCAACUGUAUUACAACAAUUAUCAUGCUUACCAUUUCGUUAUUUUGUUGAAUCAAAAUAUAUGGAUAUACUUUUUCCAACAUUAAUUGCUUGUUCAUUUGAUUGUGAGACAACACGAGCAAUUCUUCAAACUGAAAUGUCACUUGAUCUUGUUGAAAAUUACAUUCAAACAAAAAUGACUGAAACGACAACAAUUAAUGAAGACGACAUUAUUUCUACUUUUUAUAUGCGAUUUCCACGUGAUGAAUGGAAUAAUGCUUUGAAAUACUAUCAACCAAAAUCAAAAAUUACAACAAAUCAAAUUGAACCUUAUGAAUCUAUCACUAGUAAGAAGCAAGAUGACGAAAAAAAAGAAAAUGAAUCUCUUCGAAAUGAUAAUGAAAUACAAUCUUAA